GAUGGAUUCAAAGAUGGGGGUGUUAGAGUUUAUGAUAGAGAAUUAACAUAGAAAAAUUACUUAAAAUAUAAAGUGUUCCAUUAAUAGUGAAUAUUAAGCAUUAGGAUAUCAUGAUAAUUGCAAGUACAUAAAUAAAUUUCCAGAAUUUGUAAUACAUUUAAAACCAUUUAGAAAACAUAAAAAAAUAGAUUUUAGUUUUGGUUAUACCAAAUUAAUAUCUACUUGUCGUAGUUAUGAUCUCAUCUUUUGGGAUGUAACUAACUAUUGUUUAAUAAAUUCCAACACUCCUAUUUAAGUAAUAUGGCAUAUAAUGGUUAAGAAAUUAAUUGUAUCUCUAUUUGCUCCUAAACAACUUGAUAAUUACUAUCUAUUAGCUGUUGAUAAUUAUUUUUAAUGA